GUUGCUUUGCGCGGACACACAGACAGACAGGGACGCACCAGAGCCGUGAGCUGAGGACGUCUCCACCACAGAGGAGCGCAGAGCACAGCAGCUCCACUUUCAUUUGUCUCUCACUGAAACCUUUACAUUUACCUGAAGGACUGUGGAGCCCGGAGACCGAGAGGAUUUAUUAUCGGCAGAAUAACUUUCCUCCCCAAAUAUUCACUGGAGUAACGAUAAUAAUAAUAAUUUAAAAAAACAAAACAGUUUUGAGGGGAUUAAAGAAGAAAAGAAGAUGUAAUUUGGGACCAGUUAACCAAAGACAAACAGGGGUCUGUGAACACAAACGGAAUUUUCUGAACCUUAGCCCAACAUUUGGAACUAGAGGACAUUUCCAACUCCUUUUGAAGAGUUUCCACUUCUUUUUGAAGACAUCUGUUUUUCCUCAGUCCACGUGCAUUUUUUACUUCCAUGAAGAAUGUCUGUGGCGGACUUAACCUAGGCCUGAUCCUUGGCUUUUGGAAUUGGUGAAUGCUUCUAGAGCGCAUUGAGAUCUUACCUCAGAAUGCAUCAAAGCCAUUAAACUCAAGGGUCCAGGGGAUCUCGAGGACGACCGACGCAACCAUGGGCCUAUUGCUGGAUCUUUGAGAGACAGUUUUGUCUCCUUCCUCAUUUUCCAACUCAUUUUCUCCACCCCCUUUAAAGUGGAGGAAAAAAAAUCAAGCAGCUGGCACUUUCUCCCUCGCUUUCAUCACCAAAACAUGGCAAGAAGUGUUUCAAAAAUUCAUGGCCCGGUGCUUUGGCCUUUUCCACUGCUCCUCCUGUAUUUUGGCCCUCUGCUGUUGAUGAAGGGUCAGUGUUACGCAGCCCCCUCAGGCCCAGAGUCCGACUCCUGUUCUACAUUAGUACAGAGCCGCUUCUUUGGCUUUUUCCUUUCAUCUUCAGUGUUUCCCAGCUUGCCGUGCUCCUGGACUUUGCAAAACCCUGAUCCCAGGCGUUACACCAUAUUCCUGAAGGUCACCAAACCUACGGAGGGCUGCGUGCCAUCACAGCUACGCACUUUUCAGUUCGACUCAUUCCUGGAGACCACACGCACUUACCUGGGCAUGGAGAGCUUCGACGAGGUGGUGAAGAUUUGUGACGCCUCUGCUCCGGUGGCCUUUCUCGAGGCUGGGAAACAAUUCCUGCAGAUGAGGAAAGGUUCUCCUCGUCUAGGAACAGUCAUAUCAGAUGAAGGGGACGGGGAAUUCAAAACCGAAUACCUGGUUGUGGGGAAGCGCAACCCCAGCAUGGCUGCCUGUCAGAUGCUGUGCCAGUGGCUGGGGGGCUGCCUGGCCUCCAGCACUUCCAGCAGGCCGUGUGGAAUCAUGCAGACUCCGUGUUUGUGCUGGGAACCGCCGCCUCAGCUUCGAGACGGGGACAGUUGUUAUCACAAUGGAGUUUACCUGGAAAACUGUUUACCCAGCGUGAAGGAAAGUGGAAAGGAUUCUGCCAUAAAUGGUGGUUGGAGUGUGUGGGGGCUGUGGGCACAGUGCAGCAGUGAGUGCGGAGGUGGAAUUCAAAUCCGGAAGAGGAACUGCCAAUCACCCCCGGAGGAGUCCUACCUGUGUGAGGGUGUGGUAGAGGAGGGUCGACCCUGCAACUCACAGCCUUGCUCUGCAGCUGGCAAAGGUCACCAUCUCUCUCGCAGCCAAUCCCUUCGCUCGGUGGACAACCGCAAGCGCGAAGAUGUAGACAAGCCCCGCACCGGACAGCAGAGCACUCAGACAGUAGACUCAUCUUCAGGUGAGGAAUGGUCAGCGUGGACUGUGUGUUCUGCUACGUGUGGGGAGGGUUGGCAGAGUCGUACUCGUUUCUGCGUCUCCUCCUCUUACAGCACCCAAUGUAGUGGGCCACUGCGAGAGCAGAGACCCUGCAACAACUCUGCUGUGUGUCCAGUACAUGGUGCUUGGGACGAAUGGUCACCGUGGAGUUUGUGUUCGUCAACCUGUGGCAGAGGUUACAGGUCCCGAACACGAACCUGCACUCCUCCUCAGUUUGGGGGAGAUCCCUGUGAUGGCCCAGAGAAACAGACCAAAUUCUGCAACAUAGCUGUAUGUCCAGUGGAUGGAGUGUGGAAUGAGUGGUCCAGCUGGAGCUCUUGUUCUGCUUCCUGCUCUAAUGGUACCAUGCAGAGAAUCAGGGAGUGUAAUGGCCCUUCAUACGGGGGCUCCGAGUGCAGAGGAGAAUGGCUGGAGACUGUCGACUGCUUCCUGAGAGAGUGUCCUGUGGACGGCAAGUGGCAGCCGUGGUCUUUGUGGUCGGGCUGUUCCAAAACCUGUGGUGGGGGAAAUCAGCAGAGAAACAGGAUUUGUUAUGGACCCUUUUCUGGGGGUCAGCCCUGUCCUGGAGAACGAGAGGAGGUCCGGGUUUGUAACGAAAAGAGAUGUCCAGAACCGCACGAAAUAUGUGGAGAGGACAACUUCUCCAACGUCAUAUGGAAGAUGACUCCAGCUGGAGACACGGCAGCAGUGAGGUGUCCCCUAAAUGCAAUAGGGCUCAUCUUGCGCCGCUGCUCCCUGGACGAAGAAGGCAUUGCAUUCUGGGAAAAUCCUACCUACACAAAAUGUAUUUCCAACGAUUAUCGCAGCAUACAAACUCUGACUCGUGAACAUUUGUCCAAAGCUCAGCGUGGGCUUGUUGGAGAUGGUGUGUCAGAGGUGAUGACCAAGCUCAGGGUGACGUCCAGUGACGGGACCAGCUACAGUGGUGACCUGCUGGCCAUCGUGGAUGUGCUGAAGAACAUGACGGAGAUCUUCAGGAGGGCGUAUUACAGCCCCAGCAGUGCAGAUAUGAGGAACUUUGUGCAAUCGUUAAGCAACCUGUUGAUGGAGGAGAACAGGGAAAGAUGGGAAGAAGCACAACUGUUUGGACCAAAUGUCAAAGAGCUGUUCCGUCUGGUGGAGGACUUUGUGGACGUCAUUGGUCUGAGGAUGAAAGACUUCCAAGACAUGUAUGAAGUCACCGAUAACCUAGUUUUGAGCAUCCACAAACGUCCUGUGACCGGUCAUGCAGACAUCAACUUUCCCAUGAAGGGCUGGAGGGGGAUGGUGGACUGGGCCCGCAACUCUGAGGACAGAGUUACCAUCCCUAAGAACAUUGUAUCGACGGGAAAACCAGAUUCAGAUGACGCCUCAACCUUUGUGGUCGGCAUCGUUCUGUACAGAAACCUGGGCAGCAUCCUGUCGCUGCAGAGGAACAACUCUGUCCUCAACUCCAAGGUUCUGUCAGUGACAAUCAAGCCGACUCCAGCCUCUCUCUCUGCUCCAGUUGUAGUCGAAUUCUCUCACCGGUACAACGGAACUUCUAACCAGACCUGUAUAACAUGGGAUGAGAGUGACAGCUCCUCUCUGCUGGGAUCCUGGUCUGGCAGGAGCUGCAAAACCGUGCUAGUCGACUCGUUCAGAACCAAAUGCGUGUGUGACAGACUGUCCACCUUCGCCAUUUUAGCACGGCUGAACCCCGAAAUGAACAUGGAUAAGACACAGCUACCUUCUGUGACUCUGAUUGUGGGCUGCGGAGUGUCUUCACUGACGUUGCUGCUGCUCAUCAUCAUCUACAUGUCCGUGUGGAGGUACAUACGAUCUGAACGCUCAGUCAUCCUCAUCAACUUCUGCCUCUCCAUCAUCUCCUCCAACGCUCUAAUUCUCAUUGGUCAGACACAAACUAGAAAUAAGGUCUUGUGCACUCUGAUUGCUGCCUUCCUGCAUUUCUUCUUCUUGUCGUCGUUCUGCUGGGUUUUAACAGAAGCAUGGCAGUCCUACAUGGCAGUGACGGGCAGACUCAGGAAUCGCAUCAUACGGAAGCGUUUCCUGUGUCUGGGCUGGGGUCUCCCGGCUCUAGUGGUGGCCAUCUCUGUUGGAUUCACCAAGGCGAAGGGAUACGGAACUCCCAGCUAUUGCUGGCUCUCUCUGGAAGGUGGUCUUCUUUAUGCCUUCGUUGGACCUGCUGCAGCUGUUGUUUUGGUUAACAUGGUUAUUGGGAUUCUCGUUUUUAACAAACUGGUCUCCAAAGACGGCAUAACUGAUAUGAAACUAAAGGAGAGGGCGGGUCAGAUGACAGUGCCACUGUACAAUAUGACGCUCAAAUGUGCCAAGUGCGGAGUUAUCUCUUCGGCUGACGUUUCCACCACAGCUACCAGUAACGCCAUGGCAUCACUGUGGAGCUCCUGUGUAGUUUUGCCUCUCCUUGCCCUCACCUGGAUGUCAGCCGUCCUGGCCAUCACUGAUCGACGCUCUGCGCUCUUCCAAAUCCUCUUCGCAGUCUUUGAUUCACUCGAAGGUUUUGUCAUCGUCAUGGUGCACUGCAUCCUCCGCAGAGAGGUUCAGGAGGCAGUGAAGUGUCGUGUUGUAGAUCGCCAAGAGGACACAAACGGAGACUCAGGCGGCUCUUUCCAAAAUGGCCACGCUCAGCUCAUGACUGACUUUGAAAAAGACGUUGACAUGGCUUGCAGAUCAGGCACUGCAAAGCGCUCUUCGCUUCAGGGGGAGGAGAAGAUCUCUGCAGGAACACACACCCUUCAGAAAGGUUCUUCUAAUUUCAACACCAUGCCAGCCAGCAUGGCCAAGGUUCACCUUCAGAAUGUCGCUGACUACAACUGUCACACGCUGACGCUGCGCAGAGAGAAAGGAGCCGCAAAGGGCAUUAGCACGGAGCUACCAGGUGCCAAGUCCAUCUACAUCUGCGAUGGCGAUCUCUUCAAGCAGCUGGACGGGGAACUGCCUCGAGGGAAUGGUGAGGGCAGCAGCUCUGAGGGCACUGGCAAAGGUCCUGGAUACGUCAUCCUGCCAACCAACGGCACCGGCACUCUAAAGCCAGCAAAAGUGAAGGAUGACCAGGGGGCCAAAUAUAACAUUAGCAUCGAGCAGCUGCCACAGACCAGACUCAUCCACCUCGCCAACCCCGCCGGUGCAGAGCCGGUGCCUGGCUUUGGGCUGAAGACCCUUCCUGCCGACCAGGUCAGUGUGUCCUGCUCUGAUAGAGACUCACCUGCACCCAACCUGAGCAAGACCAUGCCCAGAGACUCACAGGUGGGCAGCACCAUGUGUGACGGAGGAGAGUCCGGAAAGUCCAAGGGUGAGACGGUGUCCACGCUGUCCAUGAGCUCGCUGGAGAGACGAAAAUCACGCUAUGCAGAGCUUGACUUUGAGAAAAUUAUGCACACCCGGAAACGCCACCAGGACAUGUUUCAGGACCUGAACAGGAAGAUUCACAAUGCAGACAAGGAUAGAGAGUCUCCACCAGUUGAAGCCAAAGCUGCCAAAAGAUGGAGUGUGUCCUCUGCCAGCAGUGACAAGACCAACAUGAGUGAUAAGCAACAGACUCCAAGUAAGAGGGCAUGGGAGAGCAUCAGGAAGACCCACUCCCCUCCAUCCUGGGUGAGGAAGGACCUGGAGACAGUGGCGGCCUCUCCUCUGGAACUUCAGACGGUGGAGUGGGAAAAGACCAGUGCUACCAUUCCUCUGGUUGGCCAGGAGAUCAUGGACCUGCAGACAGAGGUGUGACCUCUGACACUGACCUCAUUCGUACGCCUAUUUUUUUUUUAAGUUGUUGUUUUUCUCCAGUUGUUUCGGAAAAACAAGCAGACACACGACAUUCACUGCCCUGCUCUGUACGUAUACUCCAAGGCUGGAUGAAGCCCACUGCAGGACUGUGAGGGGGUAGGAAAGGUGUGAAGGAGAGUGAAGUAACAAAACAAUCAGAAAACUAAAGAUUUAAUCCAAAAUGCAAGUGUCUCACUUUGUUGUUUCAUUUGAUGUUUGGACUGUGUUUGUGUCCUGAAGAAGUUCUGGUCAUGUUCUCCUACAUGGUCUCAGAUACCAUGCUGGCCUGUGUGGGAGACGGAUUCUAAAGUGGAGGAUUGAGCUGCUAUAUGUGCAUCAUGUCAUAAACAGCACAGCUGAGGUAGUCAUGCUCAUUUGCCCCUGUAUUAAAUGGUAAAAAUGUAAUACUCAUGAUUAUGUCUCUUAUUUUUUUUUGUUAACCCUGUUCAAAUGACCGUUGCCUCUGCUCUCUACAUCCGACUGCUUCAGUUGCGCUGAGCUACGACCUCUCCUGGAUGUUUCUUUUUUUGUCAACAUUAAUUGCAAAAGGGAAAUAAAAAAAAAAAGUGGUUGAGGAGGCAGACUGCCAAACUUCCGUCCACUUGCCUCUCAGUGCUAUUGUCCUCUUCUUUUUUAGCCCUAAACAGACGGGCAAGAUAAAAAAA